AUGCUCAAGUCUGCUUCAACGCUGGUUCGAAGCUUUCUUCCAAGAGCACAGGCUACCAGAUUGUGCAGUUCCACCACGGCCACGUCUUCAGAAGAUGAACCCGUUGUGCUAGAAAAUAACCCUUAUACAAAGGCACCGCGCAAGUGUCUCUUGUGUUCCACGGGAGUUGAGCUCGAUUACAAGAACGCGAGACUUCUCCAGCAAUUCGUGUCUACCUUCUCCGGACGUGUGUACGAUCGUCAUAUCACUGGGCUUUGCGACGAACAACAGAAGAAGCUUAUCGAAGCAAUUGCGAAAUCUCGACGUGCCGGAUUCAUGCCAAUCUUUGUGAAAGAUCCAAAAUACGCUAGAGAUCCAAAGUUGUUCGAUCCGCUCAAACCAAUCAGACCUCAUUCUUUUGCCUAA